AAGAAGGGUUAAGCCUCUUCGCCAAGAUGCCCCGCUCUGCAUCCAAGUCCCAAGCUGACAAGCGUGGACGUGUGCCAUCUGUCCAGGUGACCACACCUACAACGCAGGAACUGGAAGUGGAAGAUGUUAUUCCUGGUCGCUUAACUCAGGCCCAGUGGGUGGACAUGUUGAUCCAGGAGGAUGGAGAUGAAGCAGUGGGCGAGAUUAUGGAGGAAUUGUUGAGCAAGGUCAUGGACGGCUGUUUAAAGGUGUACAUUGAAAGACAGCUAGGACCUUUCUCUGCAUCCUGGGCCAAGAGCUACCUCACACAGAUUCUAGAGAGGCAAAUUCUGUGCCUAGAUGAAGGGGAAGGACCAGAAGAGGCAUCUAAAACAGAAGACUCAGAGCCUAUGCCAGCAACUUCAGAUGCCUGGGCUCAAGGUUGUGUGCCUGUCUUAAAUGCUACCCCUCAACCUCAGUCCACCUCACAACAGGAGGUUGACAUUGGGCAGGUCCCAGUACAAACAGAGCCAAGAGUCGCCAAGCGGUGUAACGUAAUGGCCCGAACAAACAGCUCUCCAAAGCAAAUCGAAACGGAUACAAGUCCCAGGAGGCCUGUCAGGGACAAGCUCUUUAAAGUACUUAAUCCUCGCCCCUCACCAAAAGUCGAUCAAAAGAAAACGAUGCAGAUUCAUUUACCUCCCAAGCCUAUUCCAUGCAAAUUACUGCCACCACUGUCCCGUUCAGCAGGGAAAAAAGCUGUGGAGGUAGAGGGUAAAAAUAGGAUACGUUCUGUUCUUAACCAUUCGACUGGAUCAUUAUAUCAGCAGAAGGACUACCAGCCUAUACCAAGGCUUGAUCACUCCUCCCUGCCUCAACACUCCAUCUUUCCUCAAUGUGAGAUUUUGGACAGUAACUACAGAAAACCCAACUAUAACAAACCAACUGGACUAUCCAAAUUAGAAUCAAGAUCUAACAAGCUGCAAACUGAAUGGACAGUAACCUCCCUGAAGCCACUAACCAGCUCCAAAGAUCAUCUAGAGAGGAUUCAAAAAAGAAAUAAGGCAGAUGUCGGGCUGAAGAAGUCGUCUCCUUGUACACAUAGAAAGGAAGGAAUGGUAUUCUCUGGGCCUCUCAGACUGGAAGCCAUGAAGUUGGCCAAGGGUGUUUCUCUCCUGGAUCCUCAGGCAGUUGACAGUAACUCUUUCAAAUUUAACCCUCCUGCUCUGUCUUCAAAAAUGAGGCUGAUACAAAGUGAUGCAGCUGUGCCACUGUUUUCAGGUGAACAGCUUACCACAGGUCCACCCCCUUAAGUCACCCCGUUGUACCAGUGUAAGAACUGGAACAACUGAUUAUAAACUUUUUGAUAACAAAUGUCCUGAUGUCCUUCGAGGAGAAUCAGCUAUAUGUUAAUGACAUAAAAACAUCCCUCUAAUACAUGAACACAUGAUAUAGUGUCCACUGCAGGCCAAGCUGUGAAAGAUUGUAGAUAUUUUAAAAAGAUUCCGACUCAAUGCAUUUUUCCCU